AUAACUUCCUCCGCCUUCGACGUUAUGCUAUUCUCUAAAACAAAAAUAAUUCCUCUCCUUUUUGAACAUUUUGCCAAAACAAUAUCAAUGCAAUUAUAAAACAGGCUGGACUGUUAUAGUUUAUUCGCCAAUGUUACUAAACGGGACAAAGGCGAACAUUUUAGCCCGCAAGUGUAUUUUUUGUCCGACAGACGGCGUCCGUGCAACUUCAUGGCCUGGCAACCGCCGAGGAAGAAAACAAAGACACGGAAAUGGCAGAAAUAAACAAGACUACAGACAUGCUACCGAUGGAAUAAAAAGGCUCAAUUACCUGACAAUUGGGUGAGGCCGCAAGAGAUAUGUCAUCUGAGGAGCAUGGCGAUGGACAAAACUGUCAACCUGUGGCCGUGGCGCCCGAAAGAAUGACGACCGGAAAAGACGAGGAGAACCAGCAUGCGGUCAAGCCGAUGAGCGGCGGCGACGCAUGUGCCAGCACAACUGCCAAAAACUUGGCUUUGCUUAAAAAGCACUCACUGGAUGUCAAGUUUGAUGUGGGCGAGGAGUACGAUAUUAUCGAAACCAUCGGCACAGGUGCCUACGGCGUCGUGUCGUCUGCCAGGAGACGAGACAAUGGCCAGCAGGUGGCGAUAAAGAAGAUUUCCAAUGCCUUCGAAGUGGUGACAAAUGCCAAGCGCACCUUGAGGGAACUGAAAAUUCUCAAGCACUUCAAACAUGACAACAUCAUCGCCAUCAAAGACAUCCUGCAGCCUAACCUUCCUCACUCAGCCUUCAAGUCGGUGUAUGUGGUGCUGGACCUCAUGGAGAGCGACUUGCACCAGAUCAUCCACUCUGCCCAAGCGCUCACCCCGGAGCACACUCGCUAUUUCUUGUACCAGCUUCUCCGCGGCCUUAAGUACGUGCACUCUGCCAACGUCAUCCACCGAGACCUCAAGCCCUCCAACCUGCUGGUGAACGAGAACUGCGAGCUAAAAAUCGGCGAUUUCGGCAUGGCCAGGGGUCUGAGCUCGCACCCGGAGGAAUCGCACUCCUUCAUGACUGAAUACGUAGCCACCAGAUGGUAUCGAGCGCCCGAGCUGCUUCUCUCCUUGAAUCACUACACUUUGGCCAUCGACAUGUGGUCCGUGGGCUGCAUCUUUGCCGAAAUGUUGGGGCGAAAGCAGCUUUUUCCCGGCAAGCACUACGUCCACCAGCUCCAGCUCAUUUUGUCCGUGUUGGGCACCCCACCCAAGGGGCUAAUUGGUGCCAUCAGAGCCGACAGGGUGCGCGCGUACGUUCAGAGUCUCCCGUGCCAAUCCGCGGUACCCUUGGCCAAGCUGUUCCCCCAAGCGGAGCCGAGGGCUUUGGACCUGCUCGCGUCCAUGCUCCGCUUCGACCCGCGUGAGCGAAUCAGCGUGACCCAAGCGCUGGAACAUUCGUAUCUAGCCAAGUACCACGAUCCCGACGACGAGCCCAUUUGCGUGCCGGCCUUCGACUUUGAGUUUGACAAGCUUCCCAUGAGUAAGGAGCAGAUCAAAGAGGAGAUUCUCAUGGAGAUCCAGGACUUUCAAAGGACCAAGCAGGCCACGCGUCAGAGGCUUCAGUUCAGGCCCUUGGCGAGGGCCAAUGGGGGUGGAGCCCAGUGCGUCGCUCAGGUUUCCUCGACCAGCCUGAGCGAGUCCACGCAGGUUCCCGGCAAACGCAACCAGAACUCCACACAAACGAGAGAGACAGAGUCCACUCUGCAACGAGGACCGGUCGAAGUGAACCGGACCUUUACGUACGCCUGUAACAAAGACGAUGUUCUGCUACCGUGCCUCACUAAAAGCGAAAGCGGCCCGGUCGACGUGGACAUGCCCAGCGCCAACUCGGACAACGGCCAACCGGAGACCAUCGAUUUAACCACACCCGUGUCCGGUCACGACGUUGAACCCAUGCGGGACAACGAAGGGCAGGAAAGCAGGCUGCCAUCCAAACAGAACCGGAACCAGUCUCCUUCCUCCUUGACACCUUUAGCCAGCACCGUGCCUUCUUUGUCGCUGUCGGCCACCCAAGCUCAGUCACUGUCGCACAGCCUCUCGCAGUCGCUGGCAACGAACCAGAAACCUCCCCAAGGUGCCUCAGAGGGACCCCGGAAAGACGGGGCCAUAUCGGAAGACACCAAAGCAGCUCUGAAAGCAGCUUUAUUCCGGAAUAAAGCCAGGGGUGAUGGAAGUGUCGCCGCAUUGGGGACAGAGGUGGCCACCGGGGGAGGAGGAACGUCGUCAGCCGUUUGCAAUCCAGAGGCCCGGCGCCCCGUGACUGCUCAGGAGCGGCAGCGAGAGCGCGAGGAGAAGAGGAGGAAGAGGCAAGAACGAGCCAGGGAGAGGGAGAAGAAACUAAAAGAGAAGGAGAGACGAGAGGGAAGGCGCGGGGACUCGCUGGGCGGGGUCCUGCUGAGCGAUAACGACAAGAGUCUCUUGCAGCGCUGGACUAAGAUGAUGGACAGCCGCAAUGACAAAUCCCACACGUGGAGUAGUGACGGAGGGAAGAAUAAAGACGUGAAUGCCGUUGCAGGCGAGAACGCUCAAGGAUCGCCCAGCAACAAAGCCGAAAAGGAAACGACAACGUUUCCGUCUCACGAGCAGCUAAUCUCGCAAUUCCGAGCCAGUCAGUCCGGUUUGCUGCAGCCAGCCGGCAAAAACCAGCAAUUAGUUUUUUCAAUGAGCCAGAAGAAACCGGUCGAUAUCGUCCUCGCCGUAAGCGGCUGCGUGGACCUGAUGGCCGUCACCGGUGGCUUUGUGAAGAACCACACUCUCAAACCUCAAGACGAGAACGCCGGCCCGAGCGGGUUCAACUGCUUCGCUAAUUGGGGCGGACAGCAAUUAGAGCCCCGGCCGUCACAACAUGCAAAAUCGCACAGGACGCCGCCGCAGCAGAACUUUCUCCCGACGCAAAGUCAAGCCUUAGCCGACUCUCAAGCGCAGCUGCUCCCACUGGAGACUUUCUUGACCAAAGGCCCGACGGCCACACUGAGCGCCAACGGGGAAAUCGCCAGCCGCAAUCACCUCAACCAUCACGUCACGCCUUCGACGGCUGGCGCUGGACCCGUGGAGAAGCUGUGCUCCUCCGGUGGGGACAAACUGGGGCCACAGGCCUCCAACCCCAUCUGCGGGGCUUUAGGGGUCCCCUCGCAGGCGCAUCCCAGUUUGGGGUUCACCGUUUCGGCGGAACAGGUCCCCUCGGUCGCCCCUGACAUCCACACAGUAACACUCCAGCUCUCCAAGUCUCAGGUUGAGGACGUGUUACCCCCGGUGUUCUCGGUCACCCCGAAAGGCAGCGGAGCGGGUUAUGGCGUGGGCUUCGACCUGGACGAUCUUCUCACCCAGUCGCUCACAGAGCUGCAACACUGCGAGCGAGACAGUUACGACUCUGGUCCGCUCUCCGCCUCGCUCUUGUCCGAUUGGAGCGAAGUUCACCGAAUGACUCCGGCCGAUCUAGAAUCUCUGCAGCAGGAGCUCCAGUUGGGCUCUCCCAUGAUCCUCUCUGAUUCUAUUCCACCCGACGCCUGACGCAAUGCUCGCGUUUGUUUGAAUGUAGACAUUUCCUGAUUGAAUUUCAAAGUAGCUUUAGUUUUGUGUUCUGUAUUACUUAGUUUAUUUCUACGUUGGUCUACUAGACCUGAAAACACAAAAUCAACUGUCAGCCUGUGAAUGUUAAUGACUGAUUAAAAUGUAAGUUUUCUAUU